AUGGUCAGGACCAGGUCGAGGGCUACUAGCCCUAGCCGUCAGGGAAGCAGAGGCGCUUCAAGUGAUCCCCAGCGUGAUCGCCAAUCUGCACCAGUCAUGCAGACGUCAUCCGUUCAGAAUAUGCAAUCCAUGGCGGCUGCAAUGGCGGAAUUGACUCGCCAAAACCAGGAGUUAAGGAUGGAGAUCACUCAGAGGAGACAGACACGUGAGGAACACGCAGGGCAGACACAAGGCCAUGGUGACACACAGAAUACUGAGAUUGGAAGUCAGUUUAGAGGCACCACUUCACGGACAGUGCCACACUUAAAAGAGGAGAUGGACCAAAUGAAGAAAGUCAUGGAGGAGAUGAAGGAGAACAUGAGGAGAACGAAUCCUAUAGAGGAUUUGGUCCACAGGACUGACUCUCCUUUUACGGCUUCCAUCAAUGGUCACCCUUUACCAUCAAAGUUCAAACUACCUUCCCUGGACUCGUAUGAUGGGACACGUGACCCCUUUGAUCACAUUGCAACAUUCAAGACAACAAUGCACCUUCAAGGGGUCCCUGAUGAAAUCAUGUGUCGAGCCUUCCCUACUACCCUUAAAGGCCUGGCACGAGUUUGGUUCAAUAAAAUCCCCCCAAGUUCCGUAAGUUCUUUCGAAGAGUUGAGCAAAUUGUUUGUUAACAAUUUCAUCGGGGGACAGAGGCACAAGCGCUCUUCGUCCAGCUUACUGACCAUAGAACAAGGGGAGAACGAAAGCCUGCGGUCAUUCAUCACUCGUUUCAACAGAGAAGCCCUUAGUGUGGACGAGGUGGACGACAAGCUUCUACUAGCAGCCUUCCACAACGGGAUUAAUUCCGAUUUAUUUAUCCACAAGCUAUACGAGAAGGAGCCUCAAACCAUGGCCGAGCUCAAGAGAUCGUACAGAAGAGAAGCUGAAAGGCAAAAUAGAGGAAUCAUCCCGGCCCCCACUAGGAGAGAUAAGGAUUAUCGUUGGAGGGAACCCGAUGGGGCGAUCUUCCAAGUCGAAGAAGACGUAUCUCAAAGUGGUACAAAAUGUCCAGCUCUCUGGACGAACACCAAGGACGAGCCAACCAUUUCCUUCACCGAUGAAGAUGCUAAGAGGAUCCAUCACUCGCAUGACGACGCGAUCGUCAUUACACUGCUCAUUGCAGAUUAUACAACCAGAAGAGUGUUAGUUGAUAAUGGAAGUUCAGCAGACAUAUUAUACUACCCCGCCUUCCAGCAGAUGAGGCUUGGACGAGAUCAACUUCGUCCAGUAUGCUCGCCGCUGAUAGGAUUUGGAGGAAUGAAGGUGCAGCCCGUGGGUACCGUUACAUUACCAGUUGUGGUAGGGUCAUACCCUCAACAGAUAACCAAGGAAGUCAAUUUUCUCGUGGUAGACUGUACUUCUUCAUACAAUGCCAUCAUUGGAAGACCCACUCUUAAUAGUUGGAAGGCGAUAACCUCGACCUACCAUCUAUCAGUCAAAUUCCCUACGGAGUACGGGAUAGGACAAGCACAAGGAGAUCAGUUGGCAGCUAGAGAAUGCUACUUAGCCAUGAUGGCUUUGGACGAACAGGUGCAGACAAUGAGCAUCGAGGAAAGAAGAGUUAUUGCAGAGCCCACGGAAGAGUUGGAAGAUGUUCUUUUGCAAGAAGAUGAUCCUGAGAAAUUUACCAGAAUUGGAACAGGUAUGAAGGAGAAGGCAAGAGAAGACCUCAUCCAGUUCCUGAGGAACAGUAUCGACGUUUUUGCAUGGAGUCAUGACGACAUGCCAGGAAUCGACCCAAGUGUGAUCACUCAUCGAUUGAAUGUAUACCCCUUUUUUAAGCCUAUCCGUCAGAAGAAGAGGGUAUUCGCUCCCGAGAGGGACAAGGCAAUCAAGGAAGAAGUUCAAAAACUGACCACGGCAAAGUUCAUUAAGGAAGUCUAUUACCCGGAUUGGUUAGCCAAUGUGGUGAUGUUGCUGAGCUUCAUGGAUGCCUUCUCAGGAUAUAAUCAGAUCAAGAUGGAUGAAGCUGAUCAGGAAAAAACUUCCUUCAUUACCAGCCAAGGCCUGUUUUGCUACAAAGUGAUGCCCUUCGGCUUGAAGAACGCAGGGGCAACUUAUCAAAGGUUAGUGAAUCAUAUGUUUCGUCCACAAAUAGGACGGAAUGUGGAGGUUUAUGUCGACGACAUGCUUGUGAAGAGCAUAGACGAGGGAAGCCAUCUAGACGACCUACAGGAAACCUUUGAAACACUUCGGCGAUAUAAGAUGAAGUUGAACCCAAGCAAGUGUGCGUUCGGAGUAUCGUCGGGAAAGUUUCUGGGGUUCAUGGUCUCGCAAAGAGGAAUUGAGGCAAAUCCGGACAAGAUCCAGGCUAUAUUGAACAUGGAGCCACCGAAGAAUAUCAAAGAAGUCCAAUCCCUCACAGGACGAGUUGCCGCCUUGAACAGGUUUGUUUCGAAAGCCACAGAUAAGUGUUUACCUUUCUUUAAAGUCCUCAGGAAGGCAUUUGAGUGGACGGACGAAUGCCAAAGGGCCUUCCAAGACCUGAAGGACUAUCUCACAACUGCCCCAUUAUUAAGUCCAUCCGUGCAAGGAGAAGAACUGUACUUAUACUUAGCGGUGUCCCCACACGCCGUAAGUUCAGCUUUAAUCAGAGAAGAGGGGAAAAUACAAAAACCGGUGUACUACACUAGCCGGGCACUCAGAGGAGCAGAGGGAAGAUAUCCGCUCAUGGAGAAAUUGGCUUUUGCACUGAUAACGGCUUCUAGGAAGUUGAGACAUUACUUCCAAGUUCAUGUCAUCAAUGUCAUGACGGACCAUCCGCUUAAGAAGGCAAUGAACAAGUUGGAAGCCGCAGGACGACUGAUUCAGUGGGCAGUUGAACUUAGCGAAUUCGACAUUCGGUACCAACCGAGAAAUGCAAUAAAGGCUCAAGCCCUAGCAGAUUUCAUCGCAGAGUUCACUCCAAGUUACGAAGACCUGGGGGAAGGAGAGUACAACAAAUGGGUCGUCCAUGUAGAUGGAUCAUCUACAUUAUAUGCUGGAGGAAUAGGAGUUGUUUUGCAGUCGCCGGAAGGGGACAAAUUGAAAUACAAGGCCCGUCUGCAAUACCAGACUACUAACAAUGAAGUGGAGUAUGAAGCCCUUUUAAAGGGGUUGGAACUGGCCAAAUCUGUAGAAGCAGACACAAUACUUGUCAUGGGAGAUUCUCAACUGGUCAUAGGCCAAGUCAAUGGAACAUAUGAAGCCAAGGAAGACAGAAUGAAGAAGGAAGAGAAUGUGGAGGCAGAUACUCUGGCGAAGGAAGCAUCUGCGAAUGAGGCGUUGGACGAUAUAGAUGGUGUACACUACAUGCCAAGUAUAGACCUUCCAGAACUGAUGCAGAUAGAGGGAGAAGGAAAUUGGAUGACCCCAAUAGUGUCCUACUUAAAGGACGGAAGGCUUCCAGAAGAGAAGGACGAAGCAAGGAAGCUCAAAGUCAAGUCAGCCAGGUAUGUGCUUAUGGACGAGGUGUUAUACAAGAGAGGUUUUUCCCAGCCUCUCUUAAGAUGUUUGGCUCCGGACGAAGCAAAUUACAUGUUGAGGGAGGUUCACGAAGGAGCAUGCGGGAACCAUUCGGGAGCCAGAUCACUCGUCCAUAAAGUCAUCCGUAGCGGAUUCUAUUGGCCAACCAUCCAAGCUGAUGCUAAAGCAUAUGUCAAAGUAUGUGAUCAAUGUCAACGCUUCAGCAAUAUUCCCAGACAACCAGCAGAAUAUCUCACGCCAAUGAUGGCCCCUUGGCCUUCGCGCAAUGGGGACUAG